AUGGCGCAACCUGGUCAACCCAGUCCCCAGCAGAUGGCGCAGAUGGCUGCCAUGCAACAACAGUUCGCAGCCGAGGCCGCAAAGCGCGGCUUGACUCCGGAGCAGUUCGCACAGAAGCAGCGUGAGCAGCUGACGGCUGAUGCUGCCAAGCUUGGAUUGACCCCUGAGCAAUAUGUUGCGCAGUUGCGGAUGCGGGCAAUGCAGGCGCACCAACAGCAAAUGGAGGCCCAGCGCCAGGCUCAGGGCUCACCACAGCCCGGACAGGCACAGCAACCGCAACAGCAGCAACAACCAGGCCAGCCAGGCCAGCCACAAGCUCAGCAGCAGCCUCAACCACAACAGCAGACGCAUCAAGUUCCUGUCCAGCCGGGACAGCCAGCUGAUCCUAAGGCACUGGCUGUAGCCAACUUCCUGCGAUCACAGAACCUGAAGCCACGGACUUGCAUUCUGGAUGGUCAGCGCAAGGAUAUGUUCAAGGUUAAGCGAGCUAUACGCGCUAUCGAGUCCCCCGCCUACGCCAAAGCCGCCGCGAAGAAGAACUCCCUCCUCCCACCUGUGACCGACCGCGCUUCCGCCGAGAAUAUCUUCAAGCUCCUGCCCCUCUCUUUGUUGGCUCUGCGCGUGAGCAAGGUCGACCCGCACGAAGGACACAACCACGCCAAGCCAAAGAACCGAACAAAGGGACUGUGGACCGUCAAGAUUGAACAGCACCAAGAGACUGAUCCCAUGAUGCACUACGUCUGGCUGUACGAGGGUCCUCAGUGGAAGCAGAAGGCCAUGGCUGCUGCAGUCGUGGCUGGUAUUUUCGCCGUUGUCCUGUUCCCUCUGUGGCCCGUCAUGUUGCGCCAGGGUGUGUGGUAUCUCAGUGUUGGCAUGAUGGGACUGCUCGGUCUCUUCUUUGCCAUGUCCAUCUUCCGUCUGAUCCUGUUCUGCAUCACCGUUUUCACUGUUCCUCCUGGUCUGUGGUUGUUCCCCAACUUGUUCGAGGAUGUCGGGUUCUUUGACAGUUUCAAGCCUUUGUGGGGUUGGCAGGAGAGCAAGAAGAAGAAGGGCAAGAAGUCCAAGACUGCUGCCCCCGCCAACACAAUCCAAGACGCCACCCCAUCUGCAACCACAACCUCUGCGGAGCCCGCAUCCGCACCCAGCUCGACCCCUGUGAAGCGGGACCUGACCGCUCGAGUGGAAGAAGUGGAAGAGUGA